AUGACCAGUCCGGGCGAGAGGGAAAAGCCAUACAGACUCCAUGUCUAUGCCACUAAGCACAACACACAUCUCACUUUUAGCAAAAUGGUGGAUGUGCUUCUUUCUUUGAGUGCUGGCAACAUUGGUUUCAGAAAGGCUGGGCGAGGAAGUUAUGAUGCAGCGUAUCAGCUGGGCGCAUUCGCUCUGAAGCAGAUGCAAGAGAAAGGUAUGCUGAGAGAUCUGCAUUCUUUGCAGGUGGUCAUGCGAGGAUAUGGAGCUGGACGGGAAGCGAUGACCAAGAUCAUUCUGGGAAGCGAAGGGAGAUUCAUCAGGAAUAAGAUCACAAGUGUGGUGGAUGCGACGAGAUUGAAGCAAGGUGGUCCCAGGAGCAAGAAACCAAGAAGAUUAGGUUAG